AUGCCGAAAGCAGAAUUCGGGAGCACCAAAUAUGUCUCCAAUCAAAUGAAAAGCCGGGGGCUUAAUAGACUACGGUGGUACUGCCAGCUAUGCGCCCGGAGUCUCAGGGACGAGAAUGCGUUCAAAAUGCACAACAGUUCCGAGAGCCAUAUGCGCAAAGCCCUCGAGGCCGGCCAGAACUACAAAGCGGUGGAAGAGGGGUUUUCUAAGGAAUUCCUGCAGUCCUUCCUCGCUCUCCUCAAGACAUCCCACGGAGAGGGCAGAAGCGUGCACAUCAACAAGUUCUACAAUGAAUUCAUUGCGCACAAAGACCACGUCCACAUGAAUGCGACAAAGUGGAGCAGUCUAACAGCUUUCGCCAAGUAUCUGUCGAGAGAGGGUCUUGUCAGGGUGGAGGAGAAGGAAGAGGAGGGCGCCCAGCCGGGGUUCUACAUUUCUUGGAUCGAUGACUCACCCGAGGCCAUGCGCCGUCGCGAAGAAGUCCGCCGAAAGGAACUGCAGGACAAGGGCGACGAAGAGCGUGAGCAGGCGCUGCUGAGAAGCCAGAUCUCGAGAGCCAAGAAGGACGCCGAGGCGCGAGGCGUUGACCUCGAGGAAUCGGAGACGGCAGGCCACGAGCUUAAGCGACAAGUUGGCGAGAAGAUCAAGCUAUCUUUCGGAGCAGCUAAAUUAAAGUCUGCAACCGGCGACGCACCGAACCCUCCUCCGGCCCCGGACCCGACCCCAGCGAGCACAGUUGCCGACGGUGCGGCGCUGAAGGUUGUCCCGGAAUCAACAAACGAAGAGGAAGGGAAGGCGGAAGACGAGAAACCAACCGAAGAAGUCACAGCUGAUGGCACAGCUCCUGCACUAAAACCGGCCCCCAUGAAAUUCGGAAUAAAACCGCAGCCCAAGAAUGUAUUCAAGAAUGCGUUUUCUAGAGCUAAAAAGAAGGUCAUGGCCACUCCGCCAAAGAAAAUGAGCGAGGCUGAGAGAAUCAUGAAGGAGGAGAUUGAAAAAAAAAGGGUCCGCGAGGCGACAGGAGGCCCGCCAAACAAGAAGAUGCGGUUUUAG